AUGGCCACACAAGUGCACAGAAACGGAAGUCUCUCAGCAGUGUCCUUGCAGGGGUUCGUUCUGGUAGGGUUUGGGGGAAGUGCAGAGACCCAAGCUCUGCUCUUUGCUGUGUUCCUAAUCAUGUAUGUAGUUACUGUCCUGGGCAACCUCACCAUGAUUGUGGUCAUCACUCUGGAUGCCCGCCUGCACUCCCCCAUGUACUUCUUCCUCAAGAACCUGUCCUUCGUUGACCUCUGUUACUCUUCUGUUAUUGUCCCCAAAGCCAUGGCCAACUUACUUUCUUCCACUAAGGUCAUCAGCUUUGCAGGAUGUGCCACUCAGUUCUUCUUUUUCUCCCUUCUGGUUACUACUGAAAGCUUUCUAUUGGCAGUCAUGGCCUACGAUCGCUUCAUGGCCAUCUGCAGUCCCCUGAGGUACCCUGUGACCAUGUGCCCUAUGGCAUGUGCCCGUCUGGUCCUGGGUGCCUACUGUGGUGGCUGCCUGCACUCCAUCAUAGAGAGCAGCCUCACGUUCCGGCUGCCCUUCUGCAGCUCCAACCGUAUCAACCACUUCUACUGUGAUGUGCCCCCAUUGCUCCAGCUGGCCUGUGCUGACACAACUCUCAAUGAGCUUGUCAUGUUUGGCAUCUGUGGACUCAUCAUCGUGUCUACCACUCUCGUGGUCCUGGUCUCCUAUGGCUACAUCACAGUGACCAUUCUCAGGAUGCGCUCUGGGUCAGGCCGGCACAAGCUCUUCUCUACUUGUGGUUCACACAUGACAGCUGUGUCCUUGUUUUAUGGAACUGUGUUUGUCAUGUAUGCUCAGCCAGGCGCUCUGACAUCCAUGGAGCAGGGGAAAGUGGUCUCUGUCUUCUACACCCUGGUUAUCCCCAUGCUGAACCCCCUCAUCUACAGCCUGCGAAACAAGGAUGUGAAGGAUGCCCUUAGGAGGCUGGGACAGAGGCACAGUCUUGUGAAGGAGGAUGUGCAGUGA